CAGACAAGUAUUUACUUCCGGAACCAUAAUCACUUCCGGAACUAUGUUCUCUUGUUAGCGUUCUUAAUCUGUUCACGUUAAAAUAUGUGGAAUUUGAUAUAUUGGAUACUAAUUGUUUGUACACGCUUUUUCUUAGUUCUGAGUGAUCAGUCUGACAAUACUCCAAGAAUUUAUUCUCUUCAUGUAAAAACGGACAUACAGUUCCGGUUUGCGACCACUCUAGUAACAAGCCGAGUGGCCAAUCCGGCUAAUUUUACGCAGGAAGCCGAGUUCAAGGUCAUCCUACCAGAGGAAGCUUUUAUUUCAAACUUUACACUAGAGAUAGACGGCGUGAUAUACCCAGGGGUUGUUAGGGACAGAAACAUAGCCCGGAAACAAUAUGAAACAGCCAAGGAGAAAGGGGAGACAACUGGGCUUGUCAGUCAACAACCAAGAGACACAAGAACGUUUAGCAUAAUUAUUGCCGUAGCUGCGUUUAGUAAAUCCACAUUCAAUCUCACAUACCAGGAACUACUUGCAAGGGUAAAAGGGGCGUAUGAACACAAGAUAUAUAUUGAUCCGGGACAUCCUGUAAAAGAUUUCAAGAUACGCGUGACAAUUCUAGAGUCACGUGACUUAACGAAAUUGUAUGUUCCACCAAUUAGAGCACUGGAUGAAUUGCUAACAAAUAGAAUUAGUACAAAGGAAAAUGAUUUAGUUGUAAUAACAAGACCCAGUAAAAGGAGUGCUUACAUAGAUUAUCAUCCGACAAUUGACGAACAAGGCACGGAUGGUGUGUCUGGAUCUUUUGUUGUACAAUAUGACAUUGACAGGGCUUUAGAUGCCGGGGAUGUCCUGGUUGUAAAUGGGUAUUUUGUUCAUUUCCUUGCCCCUGAGGUCAAUGUGUUUAUUCCAAAAGACGCAGUGUUUAUCCUGGAUACCAGUGGAUCCAUGGAAGGUACAAAAUAUAGCCAAUUGAGGGUUGCAAUGAAUUCCAUCCUAGACGAGCUAGAAGAAGGUGACAGGUUUAACAUAAUAAUGUUUGGUGGUCAUGUGAGUGUGUACAAAGAAAAUGGCUUGAUUGACGCGACUCAAAGGGACAUUCAGAAGGCAAAGAAUUAUAUCAAGAAUAGAAGCCCGUAUGGAUCAACAAACAUCAAUGAAGCCAUUUUGAAAGGUAUAAGUAUUCUUCGAAAACAUAGUUGGGAAAAUAGUGAGCGUUCUCGAGUGAUUUUGUUUCUUACUGAUGGAUUACCAAGUGAAGGAGUGAAAAGCCCCAAACGAAUUCUCGACAAUAUACGUUUUGCAAACGAAGGUGAAAUACCUGUGUAUAGCCUAGCAUUUGGCAAUGACGCAGACUGGAAAUUGGUCAGAAACAUGGCAAUUCAAAAUAAUGGAAUAGCGAGAAAGAUAUACGAAGAUGCUGACGCUGAUUUGCAAAUUAGUGGCUUCUUCGACGAAAUAUCAGUCACCUUAAUGAGCAAUGUUUCUGUACAAUAUCUCGGAGAUUCUGUUGACGAUGAAAGCCUUACACAGACCGAGUUUGGGAAAUAUUUUGAAGGAUCAGAGCUCGUUGUAGCCGGAAAACUAACGGACUCGAUGUCUUCUACCGUGAACCUGCAAAUUGUUGGCAAUUUUCAGGAUGGUGAUUUAGUUCUUUCAGCGGACAAUAUUUCUAACAUCAAAGAAGUGUCGGACACGGAGAAAUUAAUGGCACAUACUGAUUUUGAAGAAGUAACAGAGAAGACCUGGGCAUACCUUACAAUUAAACAGUUGAUCCAUAAGGCAGAUAGUCUCCAGAAUAGAAGCGUCGCAAAAGAUAUAUAUAAGCAAGCAAAGAAGUUAUCAUUACAGUACAGCUUUGUUACACCUAUGACGUCAAUGGUCGUUACAAAACAAAAACUUAAACAACAGAAAUGGAGACAGAAAUCAGGCCCCAAACCCCCGAAACCCACAGCACUUUACGUCCAACGCUACAGUGGUGGUGGGGGUGGUGGAGGUGGUGGAGGUGGAUAUGGGGGUGGAGGAGGUGGAGAUCCCCACUACAUGAUACGUAUCAGGGGCAUUGAACAUCCGAUUUGUUUUGAUGUCGUGAGUAAAGAUGGAGAAAUACAUAACCUUAUAACUGAUACAAGAAACAAUGUAACACUUAACACACAGAUAAUCAAUGGAGGAAUAGAUAAACAAGGUAGACAGAAGACAUACAUCGGUGAAAUUGCCCUGCAGAUGGCGCAUCAUGUCAUCGUCAUAACGCCAAAUGCCGUCAUAUUUGAUACUAGGAUAUAUAAAUGGAAGGAAGAGAAGCUGAGACAAUUUGGCGGUCACCAAAUGCUAUUAUCAGAAAACGGCCGUCUGUGUACAGUAACUUUCAAGUUUGGAGCUGUCAUACUGAUUAAGCGACACCACACCAAGGACACAGGGAUGGGAUAUUUAAAUAUUUAUGUACAGCACGAAGAUGGCUUCAGUAAAAUGACCAGAGGAUUAAUUGGUCAGUUUGUCAACGGAUAUAAGCACAUCCACUUACAGAAACAACUUAUAAACAAAAGUGGAAUGACGGUGGCGAGACUUCAAAUUAAAGAAGGUCUUAAGUUUCAACGUAUGCCAGGAUAUGGCGUCAAAAAUAAUGCAAGGAAUCAAACACGCCAAAGAAUAACUGCAAGACUUAUACAAAGGGGAGACGUUGUAGAAAGAGGAAAGGAGAUGUGCUGGAUGGUGUUAAGACCGUUUACAGAGGCUCUUGUUGGCAGUAGGGGAACUUACGUAAAAAAAGACCUAUUACAUGACUUCUAAAACAAAAUUAAAUCAAAUGUAUGAAUGCAUGGGGAAAUUUAUAAAAUGUGCAAAUAAAAAGAUAGUUCAAAUUAGAAA